AAUAGAGAAGGACUUUUAGUAGGAGCACACCAUCUUAUAAAUUCUUUAUAGUUAACGGAUAAAAAUGAAAAAUUUUAACAAAAAAGAAUAAUAGAGAUAUAUAGUAAAUAUUUAUAAAUAUUAAAUGUUGAUAUUCAACUUAAAUAAAAAAUGUGCUCUGUUAAGUAUGAGACAGACAAUGAUUUCACGAUGUCCAGAAAUUACACUGAUAUACUGAAAUAUCAAAUUAAUGAUGAAGGUUGUAAAACAACUUCAUCUACUGAACAGAAAAAAGUUGAAAAAAAUGUUCUCCUUCUUUAUAAACUAAACAAGGAGCCUAUUCUGGAUAGAUAUAAACAUACUGAGUUCCUGAAAAAAUCGUUGAUAUACUUAACUACACCUUACGAGUGUUUAGAUAGUAGUAGGCCUUGGUUAUGUUAUUGGAUUCUUCAUUCUCUUCAAAUUUUAAAUGAACGGCUCGAAGAUAAGAUUUAUUCAAAUAUUGUCAAGUUUCUAUCUAAAUGCCAGUCAAGAAACGGUGGAUUCGGUGGUGGACCAGGUCAGCUUCCUCAUCUUGCUACAACGUAUGCUGCCGUUAAUGCUCUUUACAUAAUUGGUACAAAAGAAGCUUAUGAAGCAAUAAACAGGAAAGCUCUGGUUAGAUUCCUGAUGUCAUUGCAUGGAGAGGACGGAAGUUUCAGCAUGCAUUAUGAUGGUGAAGCAGAUAUCAGAGGUGCCUACUGUGCUCUGACUGUUGCAAAAUUAACAAAUACUUUUAGCCCUGAAAUAUUUAAGGAUACUGCAAGGUGGAUACAGAGGUGUCAGACCUGGGAAGGUGGAUUUGGCGGUUGUCCUGGUAUGGAAGCGCAUGGUGGAUAUGCAUUGUGCGGAUUAGCUUCACUCGUACUGUUAGGAGAAACGGAUCUUUGCAAUUUGAAAUCAUUGAUUCGAUGGGCAGUUAACAAACAAAUGAUUUUAGAGGGUGGAUUUCAAGGAAGAACGAAUAAACUAGUAGAUGGAUGCUAUUCAUUUUGGCACGGUGGGAUUUUUCCAACAAUUCAUGCCAUUCUAUUAAAACAAAAUCCUACUCUAAACAUGAAACAUUGGCUUUUCAAUCAACAUGCUUUACAAGAGUAUUUAUUAAUUUGUUGUCAAGAUUCGGAUGGCGGACUUUUAGAUAAACCAGAGAAAAGUCGUGAUGUGUACCAUACUUGUUAUGCUUUGAGUGGAUUAUCUGUGGCACAAAACUCAGAGUGUCCAUUGAUAACUGGUCCACAAGAUAUUAAUUCUGUUAAACCUAUUCAUUCGGUCUACAAUCUAGAACUUUCAACAGUAAUGAAUGGAUUAGCUUAUUUUAAACUGUUACCAGAUACAGUGAAUAAUAAAAUUGUUUAACGUUAAAACUUGAAUAAAAAUUUUUGAAAAAAUUA